UUUACGUAGACCUCUGGAUCAUCAUGUAGAGCUUUGUCUAUAAUACACCUGAAAGGUUUUCGGUAAAAGAGUAUUAUCAUUUAGCAUUAGCGCAUUACAGAAAAAAAAAAUGGACUCCGUAACAGAGAGUGUCCCGGUGAAAUUCACCGUCGUGGACUACGUGGUAUUCUCCCUAAUGCUAGUGGUAUCUGUGGGCAUCGGCGUGUACAGCUCCCUCAGGGGCAAAGGGGUGUCCUCCACCCAGGACUUCCUGCUGGGGGGCCGAGACAUGUCCAUGGCGGCCGUAGCCUUGUCUCUGACGGGCGGCGUCAUCUCCGCCAUCGCCAUUCUAGGUCUGGCGACGGAAGUCUACCUCUACGGCACGCAGAUAGUAACGAACAUCUUCGGGUGUGCUCUUGGCGUGCUGCUGGUCAGGAACGUCAUUCUGCCCGUGGUUUACCCCUUGAAGCUUGUGUCCAUAUAUCAGGUGAUGUCUUCCUGCUUCUACCUGGGGAUCUGCCUGUAUGCACCCUCCCUCGCGCUCUCCUCCGCCACGAACCUCCCCACCUGGGCCUCCGUCAUCAUCAUGGGCAGCAUCUGCACCUUCUAUAUUACAAUUGGCGGUGUAAAAGCCGUGGUGUACACUGACGUAAUUCAGACGAUGCUCAUGUUCUUCGGCGUCCUGGCCGUCGUCAUCCUGUGCUGGAAGGACGUGGGCGGCGCCGCUCGCGUGUGGGACAUCGCCUCCCAGGGACAGCGUCUCGAGUUCUUCAACCUGGACGCGAGCCUGUACACCCGCCACACCCUGUGGUCGACGACGGUGAUCGGCUUCUUCAUGGUGUUCAGCUUCCUGGGCGUCGCGCAGCCUCCGUACCAGCGCUUCGCCUCGGCCCCGACCCUUGCCCAUGCGCAGAGGCUGCCUCUGUUUUUCCUGCUGGGUAUGACUUUGCUGUGGGGCGUCUUCUACACGUCGGGUCUCGUCGCGUACGCCCUCUACAAGGACUGCGACCCCCUCACCUCUGGCAAGAUCGAAAAGCCGGACCAAAUCAUCCCCUUCAUGGUCAUCGAUAAGCUGAGCCACCUGACGGGGGUAGCCGGUCUCUUCGUGGCUGCCGUGUACGGAGGCGUGCUCAGGACCUGUGAAAAUAUAGGUGAAAGGUCUAUAAUGAGUCUAGAAAUGGAUGACAUACCCUCGGAAAAUUUAUAUGAAAUGCUUGAGGGCCGAAAGCAAGAGUUUCAAACCCAUUCCCUGUCGUCGCAGGGCAACGCCAUCGCCUGCGUCGUGUGGGAGGACUUCCUCAAGGAUCGAGCUCUCUUCCGCAACUUCAGCGACCGGAAGGCCACCAACGUCAUCAAACUUCUCUCCAGUAUUACCGGCCUGAUCGCCAUCGGCGUCGGCCUCCUAGCGGGGAAACUUGGGACCAUCAACUACGUUCUGUCUCUAAUCAGCGCAGCCGUCCGCGGGCCCCUGUGCGGGCUCUUCUUGGUAGGCCUGUGCGCCCCCUGGGCCAACACCAAAGGAGCAGCGGUAGGUUUGUCGGUCUCUCUUGUCUUCAAUAUAUGGAUGGUGAUCGGAAGGUACUUCGUGAGUGGCAAAAAACCUGUGCAUCUCCCGCUGUCUGUUGAAGGCUGCCCCCAGGAGACCAUGGGAGGAAUCCUCAAUACCACCGUCAGCGCCCUCGCCAACGCCACCUUAACUAUUGCAACGGACACGACCUUAGCCCCAGCGAAAGUGGCAAAAAAUACCAUCUACGACAUUUCCUAUUGUUACAAUGGUGGCAUCGGAAUCUUACUCAACUACGUAGUCAGUAGUCUCGUUUCUUUCUGUUAUGGGCCAUAUUUGCCAGGAGAAAUCGAGGAGCACUUGGUCUACACUCCCUGCCUUCGCUUGUAUCGGUGUGUGUACCGGCUGGUUGGAGGGCGAGGGCGGCUCCGAGACGAAGCCGGCAAAAAGCCCGAAGCCCAGGAAGAGGCGGUGGGAAUGCUGCCGACUCAUUGACUCGCGCGGGGCGGCAAGCAAGCACUUCCUUGCGCCCAUUAGGCUAAUGCUUCCCAUGAUGACUGUGCCCGCCCGCAAUCCCCCGAGUCAUCCAACCCAAGCAGGCGGCGCUGAAGGCAAACUCAUAUCAAAAGUUGAUUAUCAUGUGUGUGGUAAUGCAAUUCCUCGCGCUUCAGGAUUACUAGUUA